UAUGCUUUUAUAUAAAAUUCUUGAUUUUCUGUGUUUUCUACAUGCUAACAAAUAUACAGCUUCCAAAGUUAAGCCCCUUCCUCCCAUUUUAACUAUAAGAGUUAUCUCCCAUUUCCCAUAAUGCAGCAGGGCAUCAGUAAUGGCAGCCUCCAUUGGAAAAUGUUCCAUCAGUGUUUAUACUCCAAGUUGUUGUUCUUUUCCACCUCUGCAUCCAUCAGAAAUAAGUUUGAUUAGAUUAAAAGACUGCAAGAGAGGCAUUGUAUCACAUCUGUUGAAAAAUGGGAUUCGAUCUGGCAUGAAAGGAGAGGCUGAUGUGUUCAGUGAAGCAGACCUAAUAUGCAAGCGCGUGAGACUCUUCACUAUUGAGGAAGCAUUUACGGUAUGUCCCUAUCACAGAGACUUUCUUGGUGUACAUUGGCGUCCCAAGACAUCUUGUCAGUAUCCUGACCACCAGGGAAAUGCCAAGCCAUAUCGGAGUUUCAACUCUCUUGUGUCCAAGCGGAUGGUUUCCGAGUUUGGUACUUUAGUGCCUAUAGGUUCUGGAAUAUGCAGAAAAUGUCAUGGAGAUUAUUUGAAUCUUCCUUCAUCAAUAGGCAUGAUAGGAGAGGCUCAGGCUGAAACAGAUAUUGAAGCAUGGAGUUGUCGACUCCGGACAAGAAAGACAGAGACUGUUAUAUAUGAAGUAUGA